UUCGGGAAGCAUGAGGAUACAGUUCGCGCCAGUGGCCGGAGCAGCGAGCACAGCACGCUUCGGCAGCAAUUAGCCCGAGCUGCAGGCGCCGGCGGAGGCUGAGGCUGCGGCGGCGGCGAGAAGGGACCCGGCAGCCCCCGAGCUCCGUGCAAAGGCAUCGCGCUCUCUUCUCGCUCCCCUGCUCUCCCCCCUCCCGGCCCCUUCCCUCCUCCCUCUCCCUGGCGUUCCCAGCAGCCGAGGGUUUCAGAUGUCCCACCGCCGUUUGACCCCCUCCCCCCGCUUCUCCACCCCUGCAAAUGAGGUUUGACCAGCAGAGGCAGAGCCCACCUCUGGCUUAGAAUCACUGACAUUUAGACUCCAGGCUUCAACCUGUUUACAAGCGGGCUUUCCAAGGAAGGGGGUGUGGGGGAUAGGGCCAAACAAAACACUAGCCGCCGUCCCCCCAAACAAAAAGUGACUUUCUGGAGGCUUCAAAUCAACAGGCACCACUAAAAAGAGAAAGGAAGAGGGGAAAGAAAACAACGGCGACCGGGCAGCUGCCUCCCGUUCUGACAACUCCAAGGGGACACACUUUUAGAAGUGGCCAGCAGGCUGGGGCUCUGCCGAGAGGGACCAGAAGGUGCCAACCGCAGAGGGGCGCAGAUACCUCCCCCCACCCCCCACCCCACCCCCUUUUGGUUUUGUUCACCGUGCUGUCAUCUGUUUUUCAGACCUUUUUUGCCUCUAACAUGGUGAAGAAAGGAGUGAGAAGAGAACAAAGUAACUCCUGGGGGAGCGAAGAGCGCUGGUGACCACCACCGCCACCACCGCCACCGCAAGCUUCUGCUGCUGCGGCCACCCACGUCCACCAUUCGCCAGCAGACUCGAGAGGCGCAGGCAGCGGAUCCUAGAAAGGAGCGAGGAGAGCCGGCUCUUCCGAGGAGUUAUGGAUGUUGGUGCAUUCACUUCUGGCCAGAUCUGCGCCCAGAGGGAGCUAACCAGCAGCAACCACCUCCAGCUGUUUCCUUGCCUUGCACCAGGUCUUACCCUUCCAGUAUGUUCCUUCUGAUGAGACAAUUUCCAGUGCCGAGAGUUUCAGUACAAUGUGGAAAUGGAUACUGACACAUUGUGCCUCAGCCUUUCCCCACCUGCCGGGCUGCUGCUGCUGCUGCUUCUUGUUGCUGUUCUUGGUGUCUUCCGUCCCUGUCACCUGCCAAGCCCUUGGUCAGGACAUGGUGUCACCAGAAGCCACCAACUCUUCUUCCUCCUCCUUCUCCUCUCCUUCCAGUGCGGGGAGGCAUGUGCGGAGCUACAAUCACCUCCAAGGAGAUGUCCGCUGGAGAAAGCUAUUCUCUUUCACCAAGUACUUUCUCAAGAUUGAGAAGAACGGGAAGGUCAGCGGUACCAAGAAGGAGAACUGCCCGUACAGUAUCCUGGAGAUAACAUCAGUGGAAAUUGGAGUUGUUGCCGUCAAAGCCAUUAACAGCAACUAUUACUUAGCCAUGAACAAGAAGGGGAAACUCUAUGGCUCAAAAGAAUUUAACAAUGACUGUAAGCUGAAGGAGAGGAUAGAGGAAAAUGGAUAUAAUACCUAUGCAUCCUUUAACUGGCAGCACAACGGGAGGCAAAUGUAUGUGGCAUUGAAUGGAAAAGGAGCUCCAAGGAGAGGACAGAAAACACGAAGGAAAAACACCUCAGCUCACUUUCUUCCAAUGGUGGUACACUCAUAGAGGAAGGAAAUGCUUGUGGAUGCAGUAGAACCAAAGGCUCUUUUGCCAGGAAUAGUUGCUGUUCUUCAUGAAGACAGUAGCUCAAAAAGCAAAGACACAUUGCAGAUGUCUGCUUGCUUAAAAAAAAGCAAGCUUUUGAAGGCUUUUGUACUCACUGCUGACAUAUGAUGUUCUUUUAAAUAGUUCUGUGUCAUGCCUUAUAAUCAAGAUACAGGCAGAUCAAAUGGGAUGGAGGUUUUUCCCAAAUGAACAACGUUGUGGCUGGGGUUUUUGUCAAGUUUUUGUUUUCGUGUUUGAACUUCUGAGAUAGAACAUAAAGGACAUGGAACAAUCUGUUGAAUGAUCCUCGGGAAAGUUAUUUAUGGAAUACAGACUCAUAUCAAAGACUUUCAUUGCUCAUUCAAGCCUAAUGAUUCAAUGAGCAGUAAUACACGCAAGCAUUUACUGGAAAGCACUUGGGUCGUAUAUGCACAACCAAAGGAGUUUUGGGUGUGGCAUUAUGAAAGAAUUGGAUAGGAUUAAAAAAUAUAAACAUGUUAGUGUGAAACUGUUCAAACAAUACGAAUAGUAUGGUAUGCUUGUGCAUUCUGCCUUCAUCCCUUUCUAUUUCUUUCUAAGUUAUUUAUUUAAUAGGAUGUUAAAUAUCUUUUGGGGUUUUAAAGAGUAUCCUUAGCAGCUGCCCUCUGAUUUAUCUUUUCCUUUUCUUCAGCACAUCACAUGCACGUCCAUGACAAUGUUUUUAAAACUUAGCAAACACUUCAAAAAUCGGAGAUGAGAUUAGGAAAGCAAUACGAGCGCCCCAUGUCCUGUCAGUUGACUUCAUUUGCACUUCUGCAGUAAGACCCAUCCACAGUAAAUAUGGCAGUGCUGUGCCACGGUUUGAGUGAGAGAUGUCUGCCAUCAUUUAAAAACAUAUAUCACUCCUGAGGCUCCCUUUCCUAAGCAAUAGACCAGAAGGCCAAAUUCUCCUCUUUCAAUACAUCAAUUUGUCUCUAAGAAUACACAAAAAGAAGGAAAAUUAAUUGUUAAAUACAACUUAAUAUCCUAGCCUCAUUAUUUACUAAUGAUUUCUUGCCAUACAUCACAGUGGUAAAUGAUGAAGAGGCCGUCUGGCUAUAUAAGAACCCUUUGUAAGUCCCACAUCAUGCAUCUUCCCUAAAGGAACAAUCAAGGAAUUUGGUAUGAAGUGCAACUCUCCCAGGGGCCUAAACUGAGCAAAUAUAUCCCGGUAUACGUGUAACCAUGUACUAAAACCUGUUCAAGUUGUAUGAUCUACUCUUUACAAAACCAAAUAAAACUUAUUUUCUGUAAAUUUAAAAAGCUUUAGAAGGUUCCAUAUUGUAACCAUAAUGAAAUUUAUUUUGUUAGAGCAGGUAUAGAAAACAGUACAUAAGAGUUUACCAGUCGUCAUCACAUUGUAUUCCACUAAAUAAAUACAUAAGCCUUAUUUGCAGUGUCUGUAGUGAUUUUAAAAAAUGUAGACAAAUAUUAUUUGUUCUAAAUACUUUAAGCGAUAACUAUAAGAGUAUAUUGAUGCUGCAGUUUUAUCCUCAUAUUUCUUGUUUUGAAAAAAGUCUGUUUAUUUUUAUUGUUUGGAUGCAGUAUUUUGGUAUAAGGAAAAGAGUCACUAAAUGUGUCUUUUAACAAAGUUUAACCUCUAGAAAGGCUGGUGUUUUUGAUUCUCUUAUAACUUAUUUGUGUCAAUGCUUAACCAGCACUUCCAGUUAAUCUGUUAUUUAAAAAGUGGCUUUAUUAAGUAAUUUUCCCAUAAAGUCAUCCCAUCAAAGAUCUUAUUUUUCUCAUUCUUCCAAAAGUUGAUAUUUCAAAAGAAAUGCUUUUGAGGCACCGUGUUUUGGCUUAUGGCUUAAGUUGUAUUUCAUGGUACUUUGCUUCCAACUUGCUUUUUGACAAAUGGGAUUCUAAAAAUGUUUAAUUUUUGUGAUUGUAAUCUGGAUGUUAAAAUUUAAUUGGUAACUGAGUCUUAGAGCUGUAAUGUAAUGCAUUCCUAUCAGAACUAGAUAUCUUUUUUCUUUUAUUUUAAAAUAAUAAUUGCACCUGACACAUGAACACGGACCACCCACAACCAAAAUUAAAUGUUUGGUGAGAUAAAUAUAGUAUUGUAUGACCACAGUAACAGCAAAUAGGGCACAAACUGGAUUCUUGUUUCACAUAGCCAUUUAGAUUACCAAAGAGACUAUGUGUAAACAGUCAUCAUUAUGGUACUCAAGACUCUAACAUAGCUUCUAGCAAAAUAUAUCAAAGCUUGCAGAGGCCAAAAAUAGAAAACAUCUCCCUCCCUACCUCCUACAUCCUCC